ACGGUUCCACUUGUUAAAAUCGUACUCCUAAUUCCUGAAGACUUCUACCAACCCAAAAAACACGACUACCAAAUAUCAAUCCUAUGAUCUAAGAAAUUGACCAACCAAAAAAUUAGGUAUCAAUUAAAACUCACCAAAUCUAAACUAACCCAGUAAAACUCACCAUCUUCCAUGCUUCUUCUCUGCUAAAUCCUUCAACUGGGUCAAAAUCCUUCAAUGGGUCCUGGAUUUUCUGGGUCUAGGGCUUCAAAACCACAAUUUGAUAACGAAAAUCAAACCAACAACUCAAGAAAAAAAUGGACAAAUUUAAUGCCUUUUUUCAUAGCCCUUGUUGUAAUUGCAGAGAUUUCUUUCUUGGGUCGUCUUGAUAUGGCUAAAAAUGCUGCCAUGGUUAACUCAUGGGCUGACUUAUUACUGCACCAAUCAUCAUCUUCGGCAAAUUAUCUGGGCUCUGAGGUUGAAUCUGUGCGCAAUGAUUUAGUAUCUACUGUGCAUGAAGAUGGUGAUUGUGAGAGUUGGUUGAUGAAAGAAGAUGCUGUGAUUUAUUCUAGAGAUUUUGAGAAAGAUCCUGUCUUGGUAUCUGGUGGUGAUCAGGAGUGGAAUACAUGCUCUGUGGGAUGCAAGUUUGGACAUGAUCCUGGUAGGAAAUCGGAUGCCGCUUUUGGUUGGCCUCAAGCGCAUGGAACAGCUAGUGUGCUCCGGUCAAUGGAAUCAUCUCAAUAUUAUGCGGAGAACAAUAUCGCUAAUGCACGACGGAAGGGUUAUGACAUCAUUAUGACAACUAGUCUGUCAUCUGAUGUUCCGGUAGGAUAUUUUUCCUGGGCAGAGUAUGACAUCAUGGCACCUGUGCAACCAAAAACCGAGAGGGCUUUGGCUGCAGCUUUCAUCUCUAAUUGUGGUGCUCGCAACUUUCGUCUGCAAGCACUUGAAGGUCUUGAGAAGAGUGGGAUGAAGAUAGAUUCUUAUGGUGGCUGUCACCGUAACCGAGACGGAAGAGUUGACAAGGUAGAAGCGUUGAAGCGCUACAAAUUCAGCUUGGCUUUUGAAAACUCAAAUGAGGAGGACUACGUCACUGAAAAGUUCUUCCAGUCGCUUGUUGCUGGGACAAUACCUGUUGUUGUUGGUCCUCCAAAUAUUCAGGACUUUGCUCCUUGCCCUGGAUCAGUGCUGCAUAUAAAGGAGCCAGAGGAUAUUGUUACAGUUGCCAAGACUAUGAAGUAUCUUGCUGGGAAUCCUGAUGCAUACAACCAGUCAUUGAGGUGGAAAUAUGAUGGUCCAGACGAUUCUUUCAAGGCCCUAGUUGAUAUGGCUGCAGUUCAUUCAUCAUGCCGCCUUUGCAUUCACCUAGCGACUAAACUCCGUGAGGAUGAAGAGAAGAGUUCAGGAUUCAAGAAACGUCCUUGCAAGUGCUCUCGAGGCUCAGAAACUAUUUAUCAUUUAUAUGUAAGGGAAAGAGGGAGAUUUGAGAUGGAGUCUGUUUUCCUAAGGUCUAGCAAUUUGACGAUGGAGGCCUUGGAGUCUGUGGUGCUGAAGAAGUUUAGUUUACUGCGACAUGUGCCUAUAUGGAAACCUGAAAGACCUGAAAGUAUUAGAGGAGGAGACGAGCUUAGGAUUCACAGAAUAUAUCCUCUUGGCAUGACGCAGAGACAAGCUUUGUACACCUUUAAAUUUCAAGGAGAGAGUGAUUUUAGAAGUCAUAUAGAAAAUAAUCUAUGCUCUAAGUUUGAGGUCAUUUUUGUUUAAGCGGAAAUGUAUCUUUGGUUUGCAUCGUUUUACAGCGUGGAAAUGUCCAUGAUACUUGAUAGGAUGCAGGUAGAUUCUCGAUACUCAUAGGAUCUUGUUCUUUCAUGGCAAUUGACAGCGAGCAUUCCACGCUUAGGUGCGUGACCAUGUCAGUGCACAUGCAUUGAUUGUAAAAAUUAGAAAUAUCACUGUAUUGAUUCAGUGCCCUAGUGGUUAAUCUAUACAUUUCGGUUACAUUUUUGAGGAAAA